CACGUGAUAUAGAUAAUCCACGCGAUGUUUUCACCAGCUACGAGCUGUCAGCGGCGAGCGCUGAGAUACGCCUCCGAGAUGGCUCUCUCGCUCUUCCCGCCUUCUCUGGUCACUGCCCGCCUCGCUGCCCGAAACACUCCGCCGCCCGUCGCUACCUCUCACCUCCCCAAUCGAAACCCUAACCUCCUCCUCGAAUCGCCCUCCUCCUCCUCCGCCCCCACUGCCCUCCAAUGCCCGCACUUCCAAUCGUGCUCGGGCUGCUCCUACGAGUGGAAUUUGGACCAGCCGCCGGUGCUCCAAGAGGCAAGCAAGUUCUUCAGGGACCGUGGCGUGCAAGAUUUCACCUUUGACAGCGGCAGGCUGUGGGAAUGGAGAUGUCGGGCAAAGCUAGCUGUUCGUGGAACCCCAGAAAGCCCGCUGAUUGGGCUAUAUCAAGAGGGCACACACAAUGUUGUGGAUAUUCCGCUAUGCAGAGCACAUCAUCCAAACAUUAAUGCUGCAGUUGAACUCCUAAAACAAGGUAUUUCUAAGCUGAAUGUUCAGCCAUAUGAUGAAGAUGUGGGUACAGGUGACCUGCGGUAUGUGCAGAUGGCUGUGACAACAUAUAACACAUCCCUACCAGUUGCUGAACGAUACCAGAAAGGGAAAGUGCAGCUUUCAUUGGUUUGGAAUUCAAGAAAUGAGCACUCAGAGAAUUCUAAUAAGUUGCAUGCUUUGUCGAAUUUCUUGUGGGGAAAUGGUGGACCAAGCAGUAACACGCAUUUAAUCCACUCUAUAUGGGCUAAUUUUCAGACAUCAACUAGCAAUAUAAUCUUCGGUAAUAGGUGGAGACAUCUCCUGGGAGAAAGAGAUUUCUGGGAACAUAUUGGAGGUGUUGAUAUCUCCCUGGAUCCAUCAAGCUUUGGCCAGGCAAAUACACUGGCUUUUAAUUCCGUAUUAAGGAAACUGCAGAAGUAUGUUCCAUAUGGAUCAUCUGUUGUUGACUUGUAUGCAGGGGCUGGUAUCAUUGGAUUGUCUAUAUCUGCCACUAGGAAAUGUAGGUCUGUGAAAUGUGUUGAGAUCAACAAAGAGUCUAAACUAUCUUUUGAGAAGUCAAUAAGCCGUUUGCCAAAAACUAUAGAUAGCAAUAUCAGUUGGCACAACACAGAUGCUUCAGUUGAACCCCUUUACUGGCUCAAGGGGUCAGAUGUCGUUGUUGUAGAUCCUCCAAGAAAAGGAUUGCACCCAUCCCUGAUUGAUGCUUUAUGCAAUGUUGCAUGGUCUGAUCAUAAGAGUAACGAGGAACCUAGAGGUUCCAUCCUGAAGGUGAAAGAUGAAAAGCGGCCAUGGAUUCUACGUGCAAGGGAAGCUUCUGUUCACAUAGACAGCAAAACAGCUUGGGAGAAAAAUCAAACAUGGCCCGAGACUCUUAUUUAUAUUAGUUGCAGAUGGGAAAGCUUUAAAGAGGAUUGCAGGGCUUUGCUAUCUAGUAAGGCUUGGCAUUUGGAAAAGGCUCAUGCUUUCAACUUGUUUCCCGGCACUGAGAGCAUUGAAGUUCUAGGUGUGUUCAAACGUGGUCCAUGGGUGGGCCAAAAGAAAAAGAAAAGAAGAAAAACAAAGAGAAACAAGUGAGGAAACAGCGCACCUAAAACUGCAACUAUGUGAAGUUUUUCACUGAAUGAUGACAAGGUAAGGGAAGGCAGCAGAAAUGUCAUGCGUUCUGAGAUCUUGUGUUCUCAUUCACUACGUCUGGCUAUUGACAAGUUCAAAAAUACACGGAAAAGAAAAACCAAAGGAAGAUGCAUGGAACUACUCAAAAGAAUCAUGAUCUCUCUCCGCAUCUGAUUGCAGUGGUAACUGGUGUACUUUGUAAACAUAAGCAAUGGAGUGCACUCCUGGUUUCCUAUUGUGUCCUUUUUUUUCUGGACAAAAAGAACAAGAUACUAGAUUAAAAAAAAAAUUCUUGAAUAUGCUGACAUGCCUGAACUGCUUUAAGAAAGGAGAGCAAUUACAUAUGUUAAUCUCACUUUUUUGGUACAAUAUGUACAUAACUGAGUUGAGUAUUUUUUAUAAAAAAUGAUAUGCAAA